AUGCCUCACGCGAGCACUGACGACAACUUGAAUGGCAUCAAUGGCCAGGAUAUCGGAUCUGAACUCUGGAGACACCCGGCGCCUGAGUCAACACAGAUGUGGAAAUUUCUACAGACAGUAAACAAAGAGGAACAUCUUCAACUGAAUGACUACAACGAUCUGUACAAUUGGAGCAUAGAGAAGACAACCGACUUCUGGGAUGCUGUUUGGCGUUUUACCGGCAUCAAGGCCUCAGCCCCUUACGAUGAGAAUCUGCUCUUCCCACCUCAAGCUCCCAGCUCAGAAAGUCCGGCCAUCAUUGCAGCCACCGAGACCGACAGAGAGACGGUGACAUGGGCCAAGUUGCGCGAGAAGGUCCGCCUUUGCCAAUCUGGCAUGAUUGCUACCGGCAUCAAGCCGGGAGACAGGGUCGCAGGUUACGUUGCGAAUCACACUAAUGCUCUGGUUGCCAUGUUAGCUGCAACGUCACUCGGUGCCAUCUGGACAGCCAUCAGUCCAGAUACCGGCGUGACUGCUGUUCUGGAUCGCCUUACUCAGAUCGAACCUGUCAUCUUGUUUGCAGACAACGCCAGCUUGUACAACGGCAAGACUCAUCCUACCAUGCCAAAAGUCCAAGAGAUCGGCUCUUCCCUGCCCAGUUUACAAGCACUCGUAAUCUUCUCUACCGUUCCAUCAGUGUCAGCACAAAUCGACGUAGCCUCCUUGGCGGGAAUUGCAGUGUCGUACGACAGCUUCAUCAAGAAGGACACUGCACCGCAAGAGAUCAUGUUCACCCAGCUACCACCAGACCACCCAGUAUACAUUCUCUACAGCUCUGGUACAACUGGAGCGCCAAAGUGUAUUGUCCAUGGUGCCAUUGGAACCCUUCUCCAGCACAAGAAGGAGCAUAUCCUGCACUGCGAUAUUCUACCGGGAGACAGGCUGUUCUACUUUACGACAUGUACAUGGAUGAUGUGGCAUUGGCUGGUCUCGGGUUUGGCGAGCGGUGCAACAUUGGUACUGUAUGAUGGCUCACCGUUCAGGUACGCUUCAGAUGGAAAGUCUGUUGCGGAUGACUUGGCCAUGGCAAGACUGAUUGACGAGUUGAACAUCACACAUUUCGGCACCUCGGCCAAAUACCUCUCCGUACUGGAACAGAAGUCCGUUAUGCCCAAGGAGCAGGACUUGUCACUGAACACACUCAAAGCAAUCUACAGCACUGGCUCUCCGCUUGCACCCUCGACCUUCCAAUAUGUCUAUCAAGCGUUCGGAGCUAUCAAUCUAGGAAGUAUCACUGGUGGCACAGGCGAAAUUCAAGUCCUCGGUCUCGGCAUGGCCGUCCGCGCCUGGGACUACCUCGGCGCCGAUGUAACCUCCACAGGCUCAGCCGGCGACCUCGUCUGCACAAAACCCUUCCCAUGCCAACCCGUCCAGUUCUGGGGCCCCACCGGCAACUCCAAAUACCAGAGCUCCUACUUUGAGACUUUCCCUGGUGUUUGGCAUCAUGGCGAUUUCAUCCGCUUCAACCCCAAGACUGGAGGACUCUAUAUGCUUGGCCGCAGCGACGGCAUCCUCAAACCCUCUGGUGUGAGAUUUGGAAGUGCGGAGAUUUACAAUAUACUGCUCAAGCAUUUCCCCGAAAAGGUCGAAGAUGCGCUGUGCAUUGGUCGUCGCCGUGAGACCGAUGACGACGAGACAGUCGUCUUGUUCCUCAAGAUGAAGGACGGAGAAGACUUUGACACCGACUUGGUCAAGAGCAUCCAGAAAGUCAUCAGAAUGGAACUCAGCGCUCGUCAUGUGCCUGGCAUUGUGGAUGAGACGCCUGAGAUUCCGGUCACGACAAAUGGAAAGAAGAUUGAGGCGGCAGUCAAGCAGAUCUUGUGUGGCAUGAAUGUCAAGACUUCGGCGUCGGUGGCGAAUGCCGGAUGUCUAGAUUGGUACCGAGAGUGGUCGAGCACACAUGUGUAG